AUGUCCUCCACAAACGUACUACGCAUCGAGCUAUCCCCAAAACCAGGCUUCUGCAUCAAGUCGGCCGCACUCAACCCUGCCCUCCUCCCUCCCACCGCAUCAUCCCCUUCUCCGAACAUCCUCGAACCUGCUCCCCAGCCUAUCCCCGUUCCAAAAGGUCAAAAAAUCUUUGUCAAUCUCGCAUGGGACCCCAAUGUGCCCCCACCGCCCGACGCCAGCGAGGAGGAGAUCAAGCGCGCCAUGCAAGGUGAGGACGCGGUCGAUGAUGCCAACCCUUCUGGCUGGUACGUCCCCGUCAUCGUGUCCAACGCAAGACAAGACAAGGACAAAUCUGGAAACCCGUCACUGGUAUUUGACUGCAUAUUCAACUCUACAGUGAAAUCACGCACGCUGCGCGAUCCCGAGUUCAAGAUCUUUCUCGUCGAACUCUCUCUGCAACGCAUCGAGGCGCAGACGGGGCUAGAGCUCUCGCGGAACAUUGGCACACCCAACAUCGCAAGCAAGGGCAAGCUGCUCCCUCGUUCCGUGCACAUCCCCUCGCACAUGGUUCCUGCCCUCGUAGGCGCCCCAUCGCCAUCGCCAUCGCCAUCCACCGCCGGUGUCUCCGCGACUCCUGCAUCAAAAUCGAAUCCCCUCAUCCAGGAACUCCCCUCCUCCUCGCCGACAAACGAUCGCACCCUCAUCAGCCCCUCAUCUACAUCUACAUCUAGCGCGCCCGCCACAAAGCCUACCACCACAAGCGGAAGCGGGCCUGGAUCGACCCUCCCCGGGCUCAAAGGCAUUCUGAAGAAGCCCAGCAGCGCCGCUUCCUCUGCCUCUGCUACACCCGGUUCCGCGUCCACAAGGCUCGAUUGGUCCUGGACGAAAGAGGCCCCUUCCGGGCGGCUGAGGAUCGAUGUUCGUGUUCCUGGGCUGACACCCACCCUAAUAACCACAUCCACACUCGACAUCGAGCCCAACAGACUCGUCCUCUCCAUCCCGGGCCAUCCGACACUCGACAUCGACACGAGCCUGUCGGACGCGGAGAUCGUGGCGCGCGUUGCUGGUUCUUAUUCCUCCUCCUCGUCGUCGUCUAAGAGUACAGGUAAAGCGAAUGGUAGACCUAAAGCGUCGGCGUCAGCCACCGCGCUCAAAUCCCCCACCCCUACCGCGUCCAAGGAGCAGGAAGACGACGCCGACGCCAACGAAAAUGAUGACACAGCCGAAACCGAGAAAGACAAAGAAACAAUGCGCAUACUCACUCUCAAGCGGCAGCGCGAUUUUGCGCUUGAUGACGCCGACGCGGUGUGGGAGGUUGGGAGUGCGAGGGUCAUUAUAAGAUUAAGAUUAAAUGUGCCGGUGCGACUGGCAACUGUGUACCCUCGGGCUCUAUUGGAACUUGGUACUUUGGUAUUUUACGAGGUGUGA